ACUAUACUUCCUCAUCUCAGACAUUCAGGUAAAUAUUCAGUCAGACUGAUCGUCUUCUAACUGAUAAUCCAACUAUUAAAAUAACAAAGUGGGAUUAGUGGCUGCUGCCCCCAAACAGAUAGUCUGAUUGUGAUGCAUCAGAAGAAAACCUCAAUCAGUUUAUCCAUCUUUGUGACCGUGGUGCUUGGAAACGGAUGAAACAAGCUGGAACAGUGAGAAAAUAAAUGGUCUUCAUCUUCCUGCUUCUCUACCUGACCUCUGUCUGUGCAGGAAAGUUAAAUGAGAAAACAGCUUUCUAUCAAGCAGAGGGGGACGACAACAUCACCAUCAGAUGGGACAGCCAGAACCAAACAGACAUGUGUCUCACCAACAUCAUCUGUUCUUUUCUCUCAAAACAUUUAAUAGUUUUCUAUGAACUGAUUGAUGGUGUUGAGCUUCCAGAGUCUCAGCAUCAGCAGUUUUCAGGACGAGUUCAGUGUGACAGAGACGCUCUCAGAGAAGGACGAGUCACACUUCAUCUGUCCAGAGUCACAGCUGAAGACUCUGGAAACUACAGAUGUGAAAUAGUUAAUUAUAAAAAGAACUUAAUGCGAUGGGAGCUUCAGGCUGAGUUUAAUUUUGUUCUGAAUGUGACUCCAGCUUCUCAUGAGGAAAGUUUCAUGUCUACCAUUACAACAAAGCCUGGAUUGGUAAAUAUUCAAGGUGAAACACGCCACAUGGGUGGACAAAUAAUUGGGGUGACAUUGCAUGUAUUGGCAGUGGUUGCAUUUGUUUGUGGAGUUAUUGUAGGCAUAAAAGAAAUAGUUUACGUUGGCAGAAAAAAGAAAGAUAUCCGUGAGAGAGCGCGAGCGAGAGAGAGAGACAGAGAGAGAGAGUCAACGCUUAUUGAGAUGCAAGUAGCCAAUGUACGGCAUUCACAUGACUCGGACCCGGAUGAAAACACAGCUGUUUCAGAUGUUUGAGAAUAAAUUUCAACAUUAAACACUGACAGAUGUUAAAAUUCUCUCCUGAUAAUUAAAAUUCUGUCUGUAACGCUUAACUAUAUAAAGACAGACUUCCAGCUGUCGGAUGGUGAGUUUUUUUCUUCUCUGAUCAGGUUUUCUGGCUUCAUCCCGACAGAAACAGCUUUCUUUCAUUAAGUGGGUGUUGAUGAGACAAACUCUCCUGUACUUUAUGUAAACCUGUAAUUCAGUAGGAGUGAAACUAUGUAGUUGUAGUGAUUCAGCAUCAUUAAACAUUACCAAUGUUUAAUAAAAAUUCUUAAUUCUAAUAAUUACAUAAAAUUAGGAAUUUUUUGUCAAAAUAUUGAUUAUACCUCAGGCACCACCACACUAGAGAGCUCUAAUACUAAUCUAAUGGCAGUGUGGACACCAUUAGAGGACUAAAUUAAUUAACUGAAUUAAUUCAAGCUAGUCAACUCAAUCAGCCAUCAAUCAAUCAGUCUUAGGAUGCUAAUAACGUGAAGUCUUACUUCGAACGGAUUCAUAACAUGACUCAAAGGAGGAAUUUACAAUAACCAGACCAGUUUAGGAUAAAUAUAAAAAUUACUAGUCUAGUCAUGCAUAAAUGAAAAAGGAAAUAUUUACAGAGGACUUCGAAUGGGAAAAUGAAUCAAACAUUGUAAAAUGCAGAAUAUGGUGUUCAAACCAGAUGCUUAUUUCAAGGUCAAUGUAAUGUGUCAAAAGGAGUAAGAUGUGUGUGCAAGAAGUGAAACAAAAGUCAAUUAACCUGUGGUAUUAAUUCAACUAAUGUUUAAGAAAACUCUAAAAGUAUCUCUGAACCCUAAAAAGAAAAGAAAAAAUAAUCUUAUCUGUUUAAGCUGGAAAUUUAAGAUUUAAAACUACUAAGAUCACUGUCAGACGACCAACCAUUCCUUGGCAGACAAACAGAGGAGGACCGGAACAGUCCGGUUCUGUUUGGACCAGAGGCGACGUUUGUGGUAACUCUCAGCUCCAAAGGAGGCCUGAGUAGGUGGUAGCUCUGACACUCAGCUUCCAGGGAAGAAGGUGGUUUGUCCCAUGUGAUGGCUCGUAGGCUUGGGUCUAAAGGCUCUGUCUGCUGGGUAGGUCUUGUUUCGCUGCUGUAUUGGUGGUGUUGCAGGUGGUGGAAAGUGAUCUGGCUUGCGGUGGUAUGGCACAAGAUUAAGAGUCCAGCUUUGGAUCAGUCCGAAAGGAAAACUCUGUAAAGCUGGUUCUGAAGUGUUGUCAGCUGUGUUAACCAGUUAUCCAAAUUAAAGAUCAAAAUUUAGCAUCAAUAUUAAAUAUCCAAAAGAUAAAAACUAAAAAAAAGUAUCAGCUGGAAAAGGAAUGAACAAAACGGAGUCAGUCAGUCCAAAAAGAACAAAACUCAAUCAUGCAUCUUGAAUGCAGGCACAAACUUUAGUAUCUGUAGUGAUGUUCUUCAUAUCACGGCAACUUAAUUCUCCAUCUCUCUCUUUGGAGAGACUUUAGUAGCAGUUCUGUGGUCACUAUAAGUCCAUUCCGGGUCUGUACCAAAAACAGGACGUGCAGGGAGCAAGUCAGAAGAUCUUGUUGUCCUCAGAAAACCGGAAGUCUAACAAUAAUUUCUUUGUUCUAAGUUUCAGGAAAGUUGAUGUGGGAACGCCCCCACGGAAGAAUGUGGGGCCAUUUUUUUUACCAAUAAGCACACGUGGGCUGGUAUAAACUCUGAUCAUUUUAUAAAAAGUAUCAAAUUAAACAUUUUGUGAAUAUAUCUGUAUGUCCAAAUUAUUAAAGCCUUAAAUGAAACAUUAUUAAAAUCAUAAAUGAAGCAUUGAAGCGACACAAUAAAAACAGUAAAAAGGCAAUACAUUGAAAAGAAAAAAACAUAUUAAUAAAGUUUCAGAUCAAAUUAAUCAAGCUUGUUGAUUAAACCUUGUACAAAAUUAUAAUGAUUAUAUGCAUGGUGUGUACUAUCAAAAUAAAACACACACAUAUAUAUAUUUAAAUGAAAAAUUUGAAAUAAUAAGAACAGAAUUUUUUUCUCUCCUCUUUAAAGUCUUUGUCCUCUCCGUGGUGGAACCCAGAGAAAACCUUACAUGUUUAAUUACCUCCUGAAAUGUCAAAGAUAACAUUUCUGGUGUGUCUAAAUGUCCUGGUUUUCUUUAGGAGUUGAAACCUGUAGGAAGGGGUUUAUUAGUUAAAGAGUUACAUCUGAAAUCCAUAAAACAUUUAGUUCUUUGUGAGACAAAUCUUGGCAGAUUUGUGGCUACAGAAGAUUACAUUUUAGAAACUUCCCAGAUCUUUCAUAUAACUUGAGAAGUACUCCCACAGUCCAGGUUAGAGAGUUGACCUUUGGAACUGGAAACCAUGUCAUUGGGGUUUUUACCAGUCAGAACCCCACUUUUGGAGUGAGAGGGACUGUUUGUCUAUAAGGAGAAAAAUCCCUCAAAUGUUUUAUUUAGUCAAGAUUAAAAAGAGUUUCAAUCUUUGUUUUGAAGAUGCUGGAAUCCGCUACGUAAUCCAUCAGAGUAACGUGUCUUAAUAUUACUUGUGAUCAUGAUCAAGAGUUGUAAUAACAUUAUAGUCUGAAAUGUACAGCUCAGUCUCACCACUUUUAUUUCUCUAAUUCUAACAAAACCAGAAUGUUCAAUACCAACCCUUUGAAGAAUAUUUUUAUGUCAUGAAAUUUCUGUAAAAUACUGAGUCCAUAACUCAGUUUGUGUUCAUCACAGUGAACAUCAGCUCUCAUCAUGUGCUCCAGCUUCACAGCUGUGUCAUCAUGUAGGUCAAAGGUCAGACUGAUCCUGCUUUCUGACUCCACAACAACACAAGUGAAGCAUCAGGACCAGACAUGAGAAGACUCUGGUCCAGGAAAUCCACACUGUGGAUCAGGUUGUAGCUGAGAGGAAACAGCAGAGAGGAGCUUUAAAAACACUGAGACACGAGAAGGAACUGAAACCACAGGAGUUUGUAUUUAAUAUCUCAAUGAAGCACUUUUAUUCUGAACGUUGU